UGAUGAAUUCAUAGUCAAGAAUAGAAAGGCAAUACUCCUGGGACUUUAAAAGGAGAUGCUAGGCGCCAAGUUUGUCACCAGGCAUUGCCGGAUCAUCUACCGUCAGCCCUCCUCUCCGACGCUUUCUGUUCAGGUUGCAAAUUUUCUUCUCAUUAUCUUUCGUUGGGUAGUGGAUAGUGGUGUAGUAGUGACAAUUUCGGUUGGAUUUGAUGCAGGAUCCUCGUUUCUGGGUCGAAACUUUUGUAGAUGGCUGACAAACAGAACAACAAGGGGAAGGAGAAGAUGCGCUGCUCGGACUCGCUGUCCGACGAUUCAGAUUCAGUACGGCCCUGCAAGAGGCCCCGGCGGCCGGCUCCAGAGACCACCCCGGAGCAGCCGAGCGCACAAGGUUCCCUGAAAAUCAGGGAUCGUAAGGGAUGGCAGCAUGGUAUCAUCAUCGACGGAAACAGAAACUGGAAGUGCAAGUACUGCCCCAUGGUUGGGCGCAGCGGCGGCGUCACCAGCCUCAAGCAUCAUGUUGCUGGUGGCAGCACCAGGGUAAGGGCCUGCCCAUCUGCUCCUAAACAUGUCUCCAAGGAGGUGAAACGUUGGUUGGACAGUAGAAGGCGGAAACCAAAGUGGACUGCACGAAAAGGGACUGUUGUGCAGCCGGCAAUGGCCACAACCACUGACCCCAAGAACCCUGUACCCAGCAAUUCGACACAAGGUUCUGAUGAAAACAGUGCAUUCCCCUCCCCAGCAUCAUUCAUGACACCUCUUGUGGACAUGAUGCUUGCUGCCGCGGAGGUGCUGAGGGCGGAGGAGGAGCAGGCCAAGGACUCUGAAAAGAAGCCAUGAAGAAGCAGGAAGAUUGGUGGAGGUGUAAAAAAAAAAUGUUAUCUUAACCUCUGCGAGUUCAAAUCUUAUUUUAAGUACUUGUUAAUGUAACUUGAGGAUGCUUCAUACAGUAUUUUCCUCUUGGGAGAAUGCUGUCAGUCUUAAGAAAAGUUGCAUUACCAUUUAGAACGCCUCAUGUUUCAACUCUAUACGAUGAUAUGAUGCCGAGACGUUCUCGUUGAAUGCUAAAAGUUGCACGUCUCCGCGUCAUUUCUCUCAUGAUCUCUCCUCUGCCUGUCUCAAUCUACUGGCGCAUAUCUGAUAAUGUGAAUGUACACGCCGCUAUAAGAAUGGAU